AGAUAAGACAUGUCACCUUAGAGACCAUUCCUGAGUCUGUCGACAAGUUAUGUGAAGAACUGCGCGGCAAAAUGGGCUUGCGAGGAAACUUCCUUCUGCAGUUUGAAGAUCCAGACUUUGGAAAUGAGCUCUGCAAUUUGACAGAUAUCAAAGAACUACCAACGGAUCGAGCAACGCUGAAAGUUUUGAUCACAUUUUCUGAUGCUGUUUCUGACUCAACAUUGGAUACUGCAAGUUUGAGUUCCCCAAGUAACAAUUCAUCAGUGGAAUGGCCUGAUCCAUUUAUUAUCCCUGAUUUCUCCCAUGAUGUUGAACUUCAGCUGACCGCAGCUAAUGAUGCCUAUGCCAAGGAAGGAACAGUGAUGGUCGUCUCCAAGGGCGUCAAGAGUGAAAUACUGGACAAACUAGCCGAUAUGAUAUCCAAAGUCACCGCCUAUCCGAGUAAGGAACAUUACGAAAGUGUAGCCACAGCUCUUGUAGCAAAGCACCCUUGUCUCAGAGAGCUGGGUUCUGAGAAGGGAUGGUAUUGCUGGGUAUUCAGCUUGAAAUUCAAGAUGGGCAAUUACCGUCAGCGAUUGAUGGCAGCUGGAUGCCCUGAAGUUGUUGUAAAUAAGAGAAAGAGGGGACAAACAAGCAGCAAGGUGUUAAAAAAGUCAAAGAAGGGAGAGGUCCACUACUUGCCAGAUCCACCUGCAGGACAAAGCGCAUUUACAUCUGAGGAGAAUCGGAAGACCAUGCUUCUAGAGGUGCAGAAGUGUGAUCCAGACUUGCAGCUCCUGGAUGAAAUGAUGACUGCAACAUUCUCUCAGCGAAGAAAAGAAGUAAUUGGUGACGAGCCACCCGUCUCUGAACUCGUGAACAGAUGGCCUGCAUUGUUCAAUGAGAGACAGAUCAGAGCUGAGUUUGGAAGAAUAGUCACCACAGAUCUGCUGUCCUUCCUGGAGGGACUUGAUGCUUGGACGCCGAGUCUCUUGCAGUUGUGUAAAGCAGCCAUUUCAUCAAGCAGGAGGUUGACCCUUCAAAGUGUUAUGCAGUGCCUUGAGAAAGAGGACACAAAUCAGAAUAGGAGGACAGCUGUCCUUCUUGGUCUUCCAGGUUUCUUCGCAGAGGAUACUUCAGAGAUCAUCAGGAUGUGUGAUGUUCAUGGUGAAACCCUGGACGUCUUAAUGAAGGGAAUGCGUGUCGGACUUCUCAUUGGACAUGAAGGCGUUCUGCACGAUGCGUUCCCAAUGCAAGUCUUUCAUGUGGCUGUGGUGGUAGAGGAGACGAUCAUUCUUCAUGACAUACCAGAUGUGGCCACUGGUUUCGCUUUGCUAAUGGGAACAAUCUACUGCCUGAAUCUGGAGUACCCUUCUGAGAUGAAGUGCUCAUUUGAAUUCAUGCAAAGGGUCGUCAUGAAAAUAAAACCUGACCACUGUUCAGCCAGGAUACAUGGACUCAGAAACAAGCUACUGAGGUAUCGUCUAUAAACUGAAAAGGGCACCUUUAGGUGCAGUUUAUGUACCUAAGAAGGAAAAAUCGAAAACAAUACACAAUUGUUGUGUCCUCUGGAGAAGAAUAAAGAGCCUUCUGAUCCAUUCAGAACUACCGGGCCAUGUCAAACCAAAUUGAAUCACUACUAUAAAAACUGUUAGAAUAAAUGUCUGCACUUGUUUUUAUAUGUACUUUUUUGUUGUUGAAAAAAAUAACAUUGUGAAGUCUUAACUGAGGAAAGUCAGUGAAGUUCAUGUUCUGCAUUGUUCAUAACUGCGCUUGCACAGAACGACUUGAUACAAUAUUGUUAAAGCAGUGACCUUCGUGAUGUGUAAACCAAUGUCAUAGCGCUAAACCUGUUCAUAUUGAA